AGGAGAGCAGUGGUGACUGUGCACAUCGGGGCUUAAAUUAAAGAGGAUGCAUGGAGAUCUCAGACAGCUGGCAGGAUUAUUCAUCCCCUUGUUGCACAGCGUGUCCUGACUGCAGCCAGGGCCCUUCUUCCUGAGCCAGCAGCAUCAUGGGAGGUUCCACCUCCUCCCUUGUUGACGACGCUGAGGGCGAUGCUGCCCCUCGAGGUGCAGCUCUGCCCCCCUCCCCCAUCAUGGGAUGUUUGAGGAGCAGCCAAAGCACCUCCAUACCUCGGCAGCUUCCCAGACCCAGCAGGCACAGAGAGCGCAGUUUUUCUUCUGGUUCGAUGCCCAUGCAGAGGAGCCAGUGGGCUUGUGGCUGUUGCACUUUCCUCAACGCAGCUGCUGCUCCCCGCUGCUCCAUCUGUGAAGCCCCUCGGCGAAGACCCGACACCCGAUGGAUGUGGCAGGGGACCAGCAGGGAGGACGGUUGCUGGUCCUGUCCACGCUGCACUCUGGCCAACCCCGCAGACACCCUAGCCUGCUCUUUGUGUGGCUACACGGGAGCACUGGACCGACCUCGGGGCUCGUCUGAGGACCAGCCACGCCCUCAGCGCUCCAGUAGCUGCUCUGGUCCCCUUAGGCCAUCGUCUAAUGAGCCGUGCAGGCAGCAAAAUAAAAAACAGCCAGGAGAUGCAGUAAAAAACAGCCUGGUUUGGGAGUGUUUGAGGUGCACUCUGCAGAACACCCCUACCUCCAUGUCCUGCUCUGCUUGUGGCGGACCACGCAAGCUGUCUCUCCCCCAGAUCCCUGCUGAUGCCUUGCUCAUGCCUGAAGAUCAAGCAGGAGUACACCAACCAGAGCCUGCAGCAGGAGCGCUGUCCCUUUCCAUAUCAACUGGAGGAGAGUGUUUACCAGUGGAAGCUUCAUAUCCACAAACAAACUCUUCAGUGCUCAGUGUAGCAUCUUCAGGUCAUAAUAAUCCUCUUCCCUGCAGUCGCAGAGAAGUGCCACCUCCAGAAGGUUGCCUCAGUCAGACUCAUAACAUAAGUCCUUCUCCAUCAACGCUAGCUGUUUCACAACUCUCUGCCCAACCAGAGCUCCUGCCUAGCAGACGCCUCAGCAUCCUCAAGGAGGAAAUGUCACCGCUGUCACCGGCACCAGAUGCACCUGCAUCGUUCCCACCAUGCAUAGUCCCUGUUAACAAGACAGAGGAGUGGUCAUGUCCGGCCUGUACUCUCAUUAACGAGGUAAAAGCCAAACACUGCCUGGCCUGCCACACGCCUCAGCUACACGCUGCACUGCUUAAACCAGCUCUGUCCCCAAAGAGGAAGGAGAGCAUGCUGGUGGAGGCGCUGCGGCAGAGUGAUGAAGGAGAGGCCAAGGAGUUGUGGGACAACAUCAUCAGCUUCUGCAAAGAGAACAACGUGACAUUUGUGGAUGACAGCUUCCCUCCUGGUCCAAAGUCUGUGGGCUUCCCAGUGGAUGACAGUGUCCAGCAUCGGGUUAGAAAGUGGCUUCGUCCUCAAGAAAUCAACUGCUGCAACUUCAGAGACCGUGCAGUGAAGUGGUCUGUUUUCCGCACACUUCGCCCAUCUGACAUCCUGCAAGGACUUCUGGGUAACUGCUGGUUCCUGAGUGCCUUGGCUGUUCUGGCUGAACGUCCCGAGCUGGUAGAGAAAGUGAUGGUGACUCGCUCAAUAUGUGUAGAAGGAGCCUAUCAGGUGCGUCUAUGCAAAGAUGGUUCGUGGACCACAGUGCUGGUGGAUGACAUGCUGCCGUGUGAUGAGAACGGCCACCUCCUCUUCUCUCAGGCCCAGAGGAAGCAGCUUUGGGUGGCUCUGAUUGAAAAAGCGCUGGCCAAGCUCCACGGCUCCUACUUUGCUUUGCAGGCAGGUCGUGCCAUCGAAGGGCUCUCCACACUGACAGGGGCCCCCUGUGAGUCGCUGGCCCUCCAGGUCAGUGCCACCAACCCCAAGGAAGAACCCAUUGACACAGACCUCAUCUGGGCCAAAAUGCUGAGCUCCAAAGAAGCAGGUUUCCUGAUGGGGGCAUCUUGUGGAGGUGGUAACAUGAAGGUAGAUGACUCCGAGUAUGAGUCCCUAGGUUUACGCCCACGACAUGCUUACUCUGUCCUCGAUGUGAGGGAUGUAGACGGUCAUAGGUUACUGCAACUAAGGAACCCUUGGGGUCGCUUCUCCUGGACUGGACCCUGGGCGGACGACUGGCCAAACUGGCCUCCGCAUGUAAAAAGGGAGCUGUGCGCCCAGCGAGCUGAGGACGGCCUGUUCUGGAUGGACUUCUGGGAUUUCAUCAGGUACUUUGACUCAGUGGAUAUCUGUAAGAUACAUUCAGACUGGCAGGAGGUCAGAGCGCCGGGUGUUUUCCCCCGAGGAGCCGACGUCCCGGUGACGUUGGUGUCUGUUACAGUGCUGGAGAGAACAGCUAUGGAAUUGGCUUUAUUCCAGCAGGGUAGCAGGCGAUGGGACACAGCAGAGAGCCACCUGUUGGAUUUGUGUGUGUUGUUGUUUCGGGUCUCCUACGACAGCUCAGGUACCCCGACGUUGGGUCGUCUCCUGGCUCACAGCCGGCGCUCAGUGAGAAAGUUUGUAGGCUGUGAUGUCAUGCUGGAGCCAGGAGAAUAUGCUGUGCUCUGCUGCGCUUUCAACCACUGGCACAGCAUCGGCACAGAGGGGACAACGAGCUGCAGUCGAUCAGAGGUGCCUGGUUACAUGCUGGCAGUCUACAGCUCCAGACUGGUCAUGGUGGAGCACGUAACCGCUUCCAACACCACCAUUGCCGACGCCAUCAUCCAGCUGACAGAAACUAAGGGAGAGAGACAUGAGGGUCGAGAGGGGAUGACCUGUUAUUACCUGACACACGGCUGGGCGGGGCUUAUCGUCAUGGUGGAAAACAGACACCCAAGACAUCACCUCCACGUGUCGUGUGACUGUAGCGACAGCUUCAACGUGGUGUCGACACGCAGCAGCCUCAAAACCAUCGACAGCAUUCCUCCUCUGCACAGACAGGUGCUCGUGGUUUUGUCUCAGCUGGAGGGAAACGCCGGGUUCUCCAUCACACACAGGCUGGCUCAUCGUAAGGCUGUCCAGGCUUCUCUGGGCAACUGGAGUCCCUCAAAGGCAACACACAGUCCUGCUCUGAGCCCGGAGACAGCAGGUCUGCAUCAGCCUCGACCUCUCUGACUGCUGACUGGGAAGAUGAGUCAGGGGAACUGUUGAGAAGUCACAGAGUACACACUAGACAUGAGGUCUCAACACUGAGGCAGCUUCUUUAAAGGAACAGUCCAACACUUUAGAAGUUGUGCUUGUUUGUCAUUUGACUGUUGAUGGAAAACAGGCAAGUCUCCCAUAAAUGUUGGACUGUUGUGCAAAGAGACCAUCAUGUUUAGUGAGCAGGCACAUGGUGCCAUUUCACCUCUGCGUACAUUUUUAACUCAGAGCUGCUCAGAAACAGAAAUAAUCUCACUGUUUGAAUUCACUCUCAAUGGGCAGGACAAAACAGCCAUGAAGCUUUUUAGUUUACUUAGGUUACAUAGUAAAGACAAUAGAGAGGUAAUACAAUAUGCCACAGUGUCAUUUCUGAUUCACUGUCAAAACACUUUGAUAUUUCUUUGGUUUAAAUAGUAAGCCAUUAUAAAAAUGGUUUCAUUGCAUUCUGUGGUGGCUCAAAAGUGUUGAUCAUUCAUUCAUAAAAAUAACAAUAUUUCUCUUUUAUUUCCUCACUUUUGGUAACAGAAA